AUGUCAGAUUUGAAAGUGAACGUGCCAUUUACAACUUUGCAAACUUAUUUCCAUCGUUCACGAGCUCGAAUGGCAAAAAUAAUGAGUGAUAAUGACGAUGCACUGCCUGAACAGAUUCAGAUCCCCGUGUCUCUUACCCUUACUUCGUCCGAUAUGCGCAGCGCGCUCGCAGAAGAAAAAGUGUCUCCAGUGGAAUCAAAAAAAUCAAAGCGAUUGGAUUCGUUGUUGGAUGCUGUUGUGGGUAAAGUGGUGGAAAGUGACGCCUGGGUUAACGGAAGUUUACCACCCUCAGAUUUUGCACCUCGGAAACUGGGUUCUAGUAAAAGAAAGCCAAAAAAAGUUCAUCGAAUAACGCCAGCAUUGACAACAGGAAAUGAAAGUCUAGAGGACUGUGAGUUACAAGGCUGGCUUACUGAACAACCACAAAGUGGUCCUACUAAAAGUAUUACUGCCAAAUCGGACAGAAUAACAAUGGAGUACAGUAAGGAGGAAGUGAUGGCAAUAAUCAGAUCUGUGAUAUCGGAUUCUUCUCUGGAUGAGAAUACCAAAAAAUCAGUGGAGGCUAUAAUGAAUGGAAUACUCGACAAAUCGCUGUAUACUGAUGAUACCUGUUUGGAUCAUGCUUUCGCAGAGUCCAGUACUUAUCGACUUGAGCAGCUUUUGAACUUUCCAGAUAGAAUGCUGCAUAAAAAUGAAAUUGAUUUUGAGGAGGUUGUUGGAAACGAGAGUCACGUACUAUGUUUAUUAUCUGAGUUGCAAAACUGUGAAUGUUUGGAUAAGAUAGAAGAGUGCGUAAAUGAAUCGCAUUACCCAACUUUGCGGAAGAAAACGUUCCGUAAAGCUGUCGCAAUGGUAAUUCGUGGCGAAUAUAAUGUUAGUGGAGCAGCAACUAUCAUGGUAUUUCCUAAAUCAAUUGUGCAUCCUUAUGUACAUCGUGCACGAGCUGCACUAAGGACCUUUUUGCCACAAUAA